AAGAAAAAGACUGUCAUAACCCACGAGACAUGCGUUGAUCGUGCAAAAAAAGCAGAACAAGAUGCAGUCGCGACUCUUGAGGCUUUCUAUAUGGCAAACACUAUUUCCAAAUUUGAAGAGAUCGAGAGAGAACGCCAAGAGAUUGCACUCAAAGAACGGUUAACUUUGGAGGCUCUUCUUGCACUAAAUCAAAAAAGAUAA